AUGCCACCUCUCCCCCCUCCAGAUAGUCCUCUCAUGCAUGGCAGCUCCCUUCCCGCUUUGGUGGCCAGCCCCUCCCUGGGCCCCUAGGGCAGCCAGCGUGGUUGGGGGGCUCCCUGGAGGCCCUGAACUGCUCUUCCUCAGAGCCCUGCUUCUGGGACCCUUGCAGGUUCGGGCCUAGCCCUCAGCAAAAGCACCGCCCCUCUUCCAGACCCCGAGACCUGUUCCCACUGCUGCCCGAGGCCCGAGGGAAUGCUGGCGGCUUUCUGGGUGGGCACUGGUGCUCCUGAGCCACGCUGGGAAGAUUGGCGCGCCCAGUCCCAGCCCAUCCUGGGCUGUCGGAAGCUGCAAGCUGAUAUCUGUCCAGAUUUCCGAGCAGCCUCCGCCCCCUCGGAGAUCGGCUUUCCAGCCUGUGGCGGCAGCUCACGAAGCACCUUGUUGGAAUACCUGUCAGUGCCUGACAAGAAACCCACCGCCUGAGACACCAGCCACGCUCCCCCAGGACGCCUGGCCCUCCAGAGGGCCAAGGCAUGGCACCGUGACGCCUUGGCUCACACCGGUUUUCGGGCCUCUCCCCUGGACUUCUUGAGCCCAGAGCCCAGCCUGGGGACCAGGAUGGGUCGUGAACAGGACCUGAUCCUUGCCGUCAAGAACGGAGACGUGACUGGUGUGCAGAAACUGGUGGCUAAAGUCAAGGCUGCAAAGACCAAGCUCCUCGGCUCCACAAAGAGACUCAACGUCAACUACCAGGACGCUGAUGGGUUCUCUGCCCUGCACCACGCCGCCUUGGGGGGCAGCCUGGAGCUCAUUGCCUUGCUGCUGGAGGCUCAGGCCACUGUGGACAUCAAGGACAGCAAUGGCAUGCGCCCGCUGCACUAUGCCGCCUGGCAGGGCCGGCUGGAGCCCGUGCGGCUGCUGCUGAAAAAAUGAGCCCGCCCGCCCGCCCACGGGCGCUGGGGCCAGACCCCUCACUCGGCUCCCCUUCCCCCCCAGUCAGAAAUGCUCCUCCAGCACCAGUCCAACCCCUGCCUGGUCAACAAGGCCAAGAAGACGCCCCUGGACCUGGCCUGCGAGUUCGGGCGGCUCAAGGUGGCCCAGCUGCUACUGAACAGCCACUUAUGUGUGGCCCUGCUGGAGGGCGAGGCCAAGGACCCGUGUGAUCCCAACUACACCACACCCUUGCACUUGGCUGCCAAGAACGGCCACAGGGAGGUCAUCAGGCAGCUGCUGAGAGCGGGGAUUGAGAUCAACCGCCAGACCAAAACGGGCACGGCGCUGCACGAGGCCGCGCUGUACGGCAAGACCGAGGUGGUGCGGCUGCUCCUGGAGGGCGGGGUGGACGUGAACAUUCGCAACACGUACAACCAGACGGCACUGGACAUCGUGAAUCAGUUCACCACCUCCCAGGCCAGCCGGGAGAUCAAGCAGCUGCUGCGGGAGGCCUCGGGGAUCCUGAAGGUUCGAGCGCUCAAGGACUUCUGGAACCUCCAUGAUCCCACUGCCCUCAAUGUCCGGGCAGGGGAUGUCAUUACGGUGCUAGAGCAGCAUCCUGAUGGCCGCUGGAAGGGCCACAUCCACGAGAGCCAGAGGGGCACCGACCGUGUGGGCUAUUUCCCCCCGGGUAUCGUCGAGGUGGUCAGCAAGCGGGUGGGCAUCCUUGCGCCCCGCCUCCCCUCUGCACCCACACCCCUGCGCCCGAACUUUUCUCGGACACCACAGCCCCCGGCUGACGACUCCCUGCACCCUCUCACCUAUGGCCAGCUCCCUCGGGUGGGCCUCAGCCCAGACAGCCCAGCAGGUGACAGGAAUAGCGUGGGUAGUGAGGGCAGUGUGGGCAGUAUCCGCAGUGCUGGCAGCGGGCAGAGUUCUGAGGGCACCAACGGCCACGGCACUGGGCUCCUGAUUGAGAACGCCCAGCCGCUUCCCUCUGCCGGAGAGGACCAGGGGCUGCCGGGACUGCACCCCCCAUCCCUGGCAGGCAGCCUGAGCCACCGCCCUCUGGCCAACUGUCACUCUGGGGAGCAGCUCUUCACCCAGGACGUGAGGCCGGAGCAGCUGCUGGAGGGGAAGGAUGCCCAGGCCAUUUACAACUGGCUCAGUGAGUUCCAGCUGGAGGGCUAUACCGCCCACUUCCUGCAGGCCGGCUACGACGUGCCAACCAUCAGCCGCAUGACGCCCGAGGACCUGACGGCCAUCGGGGUGACCAAGCCUGGGCACAGAAAGAAGAUCGCCUCCGAGAUCGCCCAGCUCAGCAUCACCGAGUGGCUGCCCAACUACAUCCCGGCGGACCUGCUGGAGUGGCUGUGCGCGCUGGGGCUGCCGCAGUACCACAAGAAGCUGCUGAGCAGCGGCUACGACUCCAUGGGGCUGGUGGCCGACCUCACCUGGGAGGAGCUGCAGGAAAUCGGCGUCAACAAGCUUGGUCAUCAGAAGAAGCUCAUGCUGGGAGUGAAGCGUCUGGCCGAGCUCCGGCGGGGCCUGCUGCAUGGGGAGGCCGCAGGCGAGGGCGGCCGCCGGAGAGCAUUGGAGCUCGCUCACGGGGGUCAGGCCACUCGCAGGAGCAGCCUGCCCCUCAGCCCAGCAGUGGAGACCCUAGCACCCCACAGGAAAGGAACCUUCCGGAGGGCACAGAGCGGCCCCCUAAGCUCUGUUCCCCACUUCCUGGCCAAGGGCCUCCUGCGCCGGUCCCACAGCCUGAGCCGCCCAGGCCCGGCCGAGGGGGAAGCCGAGGGGGAGGCCGAAGGGCCGGUGGGCAGUGCUUUGGGCAGUUAUGCCACUCUCACCCGGCGACCAGGACGCAGCACCCUAGCCCGGCCCAGCCCUAGCCAGACCCCAGUUCGAGGAGCUCCCCGUAGCCAGUCCUUUGCCCUUCGGGCCCGACGCAAAGGCCCCCCCCCACCUCCUCCAAAGCGCCUCAGCUCUGUCCCUGGCCCCACCCCGGAGCCACCUCCACUAGAUGGAAGCCUAGGGCCCAAAGAGGGGGCCCCGGGGCCCCGAAGGCGAACACUGAGUGAACCAGCUGGCCCAUCAGAGCCCCCGGGCCCACCUGCCCCAGCGGGCCCCGCAUCAGACACGGAGGAAGAGGAGGAUCCGGGGCCCGAGGGGACCCCCCCAUCCCGGGGCAGCUCGGGGGAGGGGCUCCCGUUUGCGGAGGAGGGGAACCUGACUAUCAAACAGCGGCCCAAGCCGGCCGGGCCCCCGUCCCGGGAGACGCCAGUGCCCACCGGCCUCGACUUCAACCUCACAGAGUCAGACACUGUUAAGCGGAGGCCCAAAUGCCGGGAGAGAGAGCCGCUGCAGACGGCACUUCUGGCCUUCGGAGUGGCCACCGCCAUGCCCAGCCCCUCUGCCCCCAUGCCCUCCCAGACCCCCAGCGAGUCCCCUGUGGCUUCUCCCUGCCCUCCUCAGCCAGACCCUAGCAGCCUUCCAACUCAAGGUGCUGCAGCCCCUCUCCCUCCCAGCCCUCCCACCCAGCCCUCCAAGCCCCCCUGCCCUGGGCCAGCUCUGGAGAACUCGGCAGGCAGUCGGCAGCGUGGGGAACCAGAGCCCCCAGCUCCGCCCGCUGCCCUCAUCAAGGUGCCUGGAGCAGGAACAGCUCCCAAGCCUGUGUCUGUGGCCUGCACCCAGCUGGCAUUUUCUGGCCCUAAGCUGGCUCCCCGACUUGGCCCCCGCCCUGUACCGCCUCCCCGUCCAGAGAGCACAGGGGCUGUGGGCUCGGGCCAGGCCCAGCAGAGACUGGAACGGACCAGCUCGUCCCUGGCAGCCGCACUGCGGGCCGCGGAGAAGAGCAUUGGCGCUGAGGAGCGAGAGGGCCCCCCCAGCACCUCCACCAAGCACAUCCUGGAUGACAUCAGCACCAUGUUUGACGCCCUGGCUGACCAGCUGGACGCCAUGCUGGACUGAGCUAGACCUACCUGCAGCGUCCAUUGCCUUUGCCCCAACACAGACGUUCCUGCCGCCCUAGCAGGGUCCCUCCUGCUGCUCCGAGCCAGUGGCUGUUGGCACUGCAGUUCCAGGGGGGCCGCCCCCUGGGGGGCCAAGGGAGCUUGUCAGAACCUGAUAGCUCAGCAAAACCCCUCCCAGUGUCUAACCUGAGCAAAGAGUCCUACCCUUUGGUCAGGGGCCCUGGUAAGAGCUCCCACCCAGGGAGAAAGGUGGUGGCAGCUUCUGUGCCCCUCCCCCCGCAAGUGUCUCCGUUCCUGUGCCAAGGGCCUCUUGCCACCCGCUGUGGUGUCCGGUGCAGAGGCUGGAGGAGCGGUGUGUCUGGCCGGGUCCCACAGGUGUACAUAGGACAUGUAAAUAAACACCAGGGCCUGCGUGCUGGAGGUGGCAGUGCCCAGGCCAGACACCAGUUCCUCCCCUGUCUGCAAGGCAAAGCUGGCAGGGUGGAGGCAGCGGGAUUAAUAGACCCCCAAAGUCCAAACUUUUUCAACUGUAAAUGUUAUUUUUUAAGCAGAGAGAAAUGCAUAUAUUUUAAACAGAAUUUAUUCUAUAACUGCCUGAGAAGACGCAGUGGGGAGGGGCUUCCAGCCACAGCAAGAGUGCCCACUGCCCAGCUCGGGGCUGGAAGCCUGACCUGGUUGGCCGGGCCCUGGCUCUGUAAAUUAACCUCUUCCCCCAACUAACGCCAAUGAAAGUGUCAUUCCACGUG